AUGUAUUAUUUUUACGUGCAAGAGGGACGUCAGCCACAGUGUAGUUAUCACACCUAUCGAAGGGUAUUCAAGUCAUUGAAUCUUUCUUUCCAUCACCCAAAGAAAGACCAGUGUAGCCUUUGUUCGUCCUAUAAAGAAGGCAGCACGGAAACGAAGGCCAAACUCGAAGAUUCUUUUGCUGCACACAUUGCAGAGAGGGACUCUGUGCGAAAGAAGAAAAAAGAUGCUAAAGAAUCAUCACAAGAAAACCCUGCAGUAAUAGCUAGUGCUGUAUUCGACCUGCAACAGUCAAGAAAAAUUUCAGAUUCUUUCAGUUUACAUUCUAACCUCAAUUAUUUUGAUGAUGCAGAUACCGACCCCGAUUUUUCUUGUCCAAGUGAUGAUACGUCUGCGUCAAGUGAUUCUGAUAAAGAUGCUUUGGAAAAUGUGCAACCAUCGACAUCGAAAGGCAAAAAGAAAUUAAGUAAUCCAAGUGAGCGGAUACGGGCGAAAAUGAAAACUGCUCGAAAUACAGGCAAAGAAUAUAUUGAUCGCAAGAAUAAACUGCAUUUGACAAAAUUUGUAAAACCCUUCAUUCAUACCUGCCGAUUUAAAUGCAAUGACAAGUGGUUUGAAGAAGAAGAAGAAACAUUAUCACAUGAUGAAGACAAUUCGGAAGAUGAUGCUGAAUAUCUACAAGAAGAGGAACGAUAUACGUCAGGAAGUGAAAAUUCGUCAUCGUCUGACCUGCUAUCGAAUCACAACGAGGUAAAAAUGGAUACGUUUGGAAUUCCAAGUUUCCAAAUAUUGCUGUACGGACUCCACGAAGUAACAUAAUUAUGAAGAUACCUAUCUUGGGACAAUCUGCUAGAGCAUUAGGAAACAAUCCAGAUAUUUUACAAGUUUGGAAAUUAUUAAUUGGCGAUGACAUGAUAAAUGAAGUCGUACGCUGGACCAACAGAAAAUUAUCAGAAAUUAGAUCCAAACAUAAAAACGAGAAAUCUCCGGAUUAUAAAGACAUAGAUUCAAUAGAAAUGUCAGCAUUUUUGGGUCUUUUACUGCUUUCUUCUAUUUUCCGAUCGGCGCAUGAAAAUUUGCUUUCACUCUUUUCAACAGAUACAACAGGUCGUUCUAUAUUUAGAGCAACAAUGUCAGCCAAAAGAUUUGAAAAGAUUCUCAUUAGUCUUCGAUUUGACGAUCCAGAUACGAGGGAAGAGAGAAAAGUAACCGAUGGGCCCUCGGCAGCCAUUUCAUUUUUAUUUGGGAAAUUCAUUAAGAACUGCCAAAACGCAUAUAAUCCUGGAGCGAAUUUGUGUGUGGACGAAAUGCUAAUUUCUUUUAGAGGCAAAUGCUCAUUCAAAAUGUAUAUGCCUAAUAAACCGAGCAAAUACGGAAUAAAAGUGAUAUGCCUUACUGAUGCAAGAACAUCUUACUUUUAUAAUGGUUACAUCUACGCUGGUAAGAACAGUGAUGGACAAACACUAACUGACUUAGAACAAAGACUUCUGAAGCCAACUCAAACAGUUAUUAGACUCAGUCAACCACUUCAGAAAUCUAACCGAAAUAUUACAGCAGAUAAUUAUUUUUCCUCGAUAGAGUUAGUCCAGCAACUGAGCAAUCGUGGAUUCACGUACGUAGGGACUCUGAAAAAAAAUAAGAGAGAGAUAUCACCAAUUUUUGUACCGGAUAAAAAAAGGCAAAUAGGUUCUACUUUAUAUGGCUUCUCUGAUCAAGAUAACAUCACGCUUAUUUCUCAUGUAUCAAAAAAAAAAAAAAAAAACCGUGCUACUUGUGUCAUCAAUGCACUAUACUAAGUCAACUGACCAAGAAACUGGUUUACCGGAGAUUAUUGCGUUUUACAACUCGACAAAAGGAGGAGUUGACUCCUUGGACAUAAAAUGUGCAAAUUACACAUCAGGCCGGCGAACUCGCAGAUGGCCUUUAGCAAUGUUUUACAGGAUUCUUGACAUAUCAUCAAGUAAUUCAUUUAUUUGUACAAUUGUUUCGAAAAUAGAACUGCUAUCAAUAGAUUUGAAUUUAUAAAAGAUUUAGGUUUGAAGUUGAUCAUGCCACAUAUUCAGAGAAGAAGCGAAAAUCCUAAUUUGGAUAGAGAGCUAAAGUCUCUCAUCACUUCAAUACUUGGAAAGCAAAAAGAAUCUGACACACAGGAUAAUUCAAGUGAUUGUCUUGAAAAAAAAAAACAACUUGUCGUUUAUGCCCAUAUCAUUUAAAAGGAAAAACUAAAUACAUG